UCUCCUCCUCCCGCCGCCGCGGUGGCCGCCGUGGAGCAGUGCAUUGUGGAGGCAGAGCGCGCCGCGGAGCCUGUAGCUGCAGCUCCAAGACCUCACAGCGCGGGGAGCUGUCCGAGGUGCUGACUGUCCCGGCCCGCUGCCCGCCGGCGCCCUGCACCCAACUGCACUGGACCGACCCAAGUCCCGCUCUCCCACCCAUCCUCCUUCUGUCCGUCUGUUUGUCUCUGUCAACCUAGGGGCGAAGCGGCUGAAGGAAAUCAUGGUGUUCGCUCCAGGUGAGAAGCCUGGAAACGAGCCUGAAGAGGUGAAGCUGCAGAAUGCCAGCAAACAGAUUGUGCAGAAUGCCAUCCUGCAAGCUGUGCAGCAAGUCUCCCAGGAGAGCCGGCAGAAGGAAGACAGAGCCAGCAGCAGCUUCCACCUGGGCGUGGGGGAACUAACCAAGAAGCAUGAGAAGAAGUAACUGGGGUGGAUUUGGUGAUGGCCAUGUGCUUGGUUUCCAGCCUUCCUCUUAGUCUAGGAUGCGUCGCCAAAAUGUUGCCCCUAAAGCAACCCAAAGUGUCAUCUGCCCCUAGCACUGUUUUGAAAAAGUGCGUUAGACGACUGUCUGUAUGUAUGCAGUGCCUCUUAAACACAGUGGCCCCAAACAAUACAGUAAUUGCAGAAGUAGUUUUGCAGCCCAUUUUAUUUUUAAAGUUCUUUUUGCUUUGUUUUGUCUUCUGUGACUUUUUUUCUUGCUGAAAUACUGAGUGCGGUACUGUGUUCUGCAUAAUGUUUUUAAAAAGAUAUGCUGGAAAGGUAAAAGAAUGACGUUUUAGUUCCUUCAAAUAUGGAAUUGAAGACUUUUUUUUACAAAGUAGGUGCAGGUUCAAGAUCAAAUUAAGGAAAAGCGAAUUCUAAGACUGAGUCCUUCAGGAUCUUAUAAGGCAAAUAUUUAUAUUAUCUUUAAAAAGGAGUUUAGGUUUUUCAAGAACUUGGUCUUUUGAAUUAUCAUUCUGUCAUUUAACUGGUUUUUGGUGUUUCCCCUCUGUGCAGAAAAAUCCUUUGGGAAUAUUAUGGAUUUCUUUUACCAUCUCAAGACUAAAAUAAGAAAAAGUUAAUCUAUAUGCAUGAGGUGCCAAUACUCAACUCUUUAGCAGUCCUUUGAAGAGCAAAGAGUUGUAGACCCUUAAACUGUUGGCCAUCCUGAAGAUACUAACUCUAGAGUGUGGUUAUGGGGUGCAGCAUCCUUGGAAGGAGUCCUGGGGCCCUAUAAAUGCUGCACUGUCAUCAGGCUAUGCUUUUGCACUAGUACCUUACCAAUAGAAUAUUUGUUCCUCGAUCCACAAAUGAGAAUUAGGUUUUUAGAGAUUAUGAAAAUGAUACAGAUGAGGAAUGAAUAACACUUAAAAUAGGAAGAUUUUUUUUCUACUCUGAAGCAUGAAAAUACAUUGGGACCAAUGAAGUGACAGUCUUGUGAGUGCCUAGUGUAUGAAUAAAGCCAUUUCUAUUGCCACAGGAUGACUUCCUGCUCCACUUCCAUGUUAGCAAUGUAUAUCUUUCUGGAGCUCUGAGACUCCUAUUUCCUGGGCUUUGCAGAGGUUAUUGAGUUGGAGCUACUGGGGACAGAGGAAGAAUUUGACCUUUGUUAAAACCUUUUGGCUUCAGAGUACCACUGUCUACAUUUGAUAGUUUUUUAAAAAAGCAAAGGAUUGGCACAUGAAGUGUGACUGAUGUGCUUUUAAAAUUCCACUAUGUUACAUACAGAGUGGAUAGGGUUGAUACUUAGUAGAUGGAUGAACACAAUCUCAGCUCUGUUAGACUCUCUCCCACAGUGCACAGAUGGAAUAAAUUCAUGGAGGUGGGGAGCAGAGGGGGUUAAAAUUUAAAUAUGGGUUCUCCAGAAAUAUUUUUCUUAGCAGAAAUCAUGACAACUGAAGAAUGAGUUAAAUUGCCCUAAUGUAGGAUGGGUGAUAUAAUUGCACAGCAUAGAUAUUGGGAAAUUAUUUGGGAGUGUCCACAAAUCAAAAAUAAAAAACAAAAAACCAAUGCUCAUGGUUUGCAAGUGAUCUGGCACAAUGUUUACUAAGGUGUCUAUGUAUAACCAGUCUAGGUUUUGCUGUCAAAUGGGCAGAAACACAUAAGUGCACUGCCUUUUGUCUCUGGUGUGUUUGAGCUAAUACAUUGGGGAUCUUUGGGAACAUCUUACUGACUUCUGUAUCUGAAUGCUAUUUAUAAAUAAAAUAUAUCCAGCUUU